AAAUUAUAUUUGUUGAAAUGUGAUUUGAGCUCUUAGGAAAAGAAGCUUUUUCUUCAACAGUGGUGGAAAUCUCAUCUGGACUUCAGCCUCCAUGUGCACUGUUGAAGUGAUUGAAUUCAGGCCAGCAUAUGUGUUUCCAUGUGGGUUUAUGACACACAGAUAAGUGCAGGGGUGGCGUCUGUUUUGUGAUGUGAACCAGGUACCAAAGUCCAGGUGCAACUGGGCAGAAGGGAAUGUUCACAGGACUCCCAAUCUGAACUCUGCCAUCAUGAUUGCAUUCAGGUGCAAGAAGAUUUGGGUAUAACAUUUCUACACUGUGUUCCUGCAUCACAAAAGGAAGGAUGAAGUCGAGAUGCUGGUUGCCAGCAAUGGCUACAGUGCUGCUGCUCUGUGUGACUGGAGCUGACAUGGAACAUCUCCAAGCUGGGAAUCUCAAUCUCCUUCCCAUAAAUGUGCACAACAUGGUCCUGAACCGUGGAAUGAAAGUCCUGCCCAGAGACUGCUAUGAAAUGCUUAUUGCAUCUUCAGGAACAGCCAGAGAUGGGGUUUACCUGAUCCAACCAUAUAACUCCCCCAUUGUGGCCUACUGCGCCAUGCAAGAAGGAGGCUGGACUGUUGUUCAGCAUAUCACUGUUAACAGCAGUGUGGAUUUCGAUCGCACCUGGGAUGAGUACAAAAAUGGCUUUGGAGAUGUUACAGGGGAUCACUGGCUUGGGAAUGAAUACCUCUAUCAGCUCACUCGGGGCCCCGCCCGCUAUAAACUGGGAGUAAAGCUUGUAGACCCAGAUGCUGUCAUCAAGAUGGGAGAGUAUGAUCCCUUUCUAGUCGAGGAAGAAUUUACAGGCUACAGGUUGAGGCUAGGCUUAUUCCAGGGCACAGCUUUGGAUGCACUGACCCUGGACACAGAAAAUUACCUUCAUGACAACCAGAGGUUCACGACUAAAGACAGAGACAAUGACAACUACUUUCAAAACUGUGCCAAGCUGGAGUUUCAAGGUGUGCCAGGAGGGGGAUGGUGGUACGAUGCCUGCGCAGGUGCAAAUCUGAAUCGUAGGAACAUUAUUUACUGGCAAAAAGACUGCAACAAGGAGAGGCUGUGCAAGUACGCAUGGAUGAUGCAUUCAUUAGCACUACCACGUUGCCCAACAAUACUCUUCAGUAAGGAUUGUACUGGUGGUUGAGAGGUUGAAGAGGAUUCAAAGUUUGCUAUUUUCAAGGUACAGUAUAUCUGCAAUUCAUUCAGACCCCUAAAGAGAUCAGUACCUUCAGUGCAUAACAACUGGGAAGGGAGUAGAGUACAAAUAGCUCUGUUUUCUCCUUGUUACCUUUUCAGCCUCUGUCAGGCUGGAAAUGUUCAAGGAUCAUGUUUACAGCCUUCUGAGACACAUUGGAAUCAACCAAAGUCAUUAUUGGCAUGUCAACGAUUUACAACUAUCUGAGACGGAAAAUAGGCCACAACAUUCUGAUUGGUGCAGUUCUAAAACAAAAUAAACAACUCUGGUUUGUGACAAACUCAGAAUUUGACAACAUAAAUGAAGGCUCAACAUGUUUUGUGAUUGCUAUGUAGAAAUGUAUUGUGUGGAUGCUGUAAUCGUCUAAAAAUUUAAUUUUCCUUGUAAAAAACGCAUAAGCAAAUGUGAUACAUCAAGAACAAGUCAUUUUCAAGCAGAAGCAUUCCUUCUCGUAUCAAUAUCAUGUCAGCUUAAACAAAGAUGAUAUACAACUGUUGUGUUAAACAAAAUGUGGCAAACAUAAGGUUUAGUUGUUGUACUGUAAUUUUGUAAAAUAAAUUAUUGAUUUGGUCAACAGUGAAUCCUUUUUUAUUGUGUGUGUAUAUAUAUAGAUAUAUAUCUAUAUAUAUAUAUAAUUUACUUUUAUAUGUUUGCUUUCAUAUAUAAUUUAUGUGAAAUUUGUACUUUAAUGACAAAUGCAGGUUUAAUUGUAUAGACUAAGAGUAAACAGCACAGAUUUAAUGAUGACAAAGCAAAAUUUAAUCAGAGCAUGUCCCUGUGUUGAGACUUUAAAGAACCUUUCGAUUAACUCUAACUCCUUUGCUUUUUUAUAUGAUAUAACCAUUCCAGUAACUAUCUCAGGGAAGAUGACCAUCCUGCAUUUUAAGGUUUCAUAAUGUGAGGGAUUGGAGCACGUAUGAUGUUUAUCCUCCAUAAUUAGGAGGCUCUAUGGUAAUUCUCAUGCACCUCUUUAUAUUUUUACAACAGAACCGGUUUAUCACCAACUUUGGCACCAACCCUGAUCUGGCACUGAAGGAAGGCACUUGGCUGAAACCCUUGUCAGAUAAAUUAUGUUGCUAUUCUUCACCAGUAGAGUGCAGCAGAGACCCUUCACAUAAACCUCCAGCACGUGUGCAUUCUCAGGUUUUCUUAGUUAUAUGUGCCAAACUGUUGGAAACAAGUCAACUAGAUAGGAUUUGGUUUUAGCUUUGUACUUUGAAUUUAAAUAUCUAAAAACAAAAUGUAGUGACAUGCAAUAUUAAUUGACAAUAAUAUUGACCGGUUGUAGUAAUCCUUUUAACACCUAAGCUUCAAUAAAUAUCUGUCUCUUU